CUAAGUCUCUAACGUUCAUGUAAACGACCUUCAUGGGAUUUUAUAAAAGAGUAUAAUUUCGGCUAAUUUGACAGGGCUAGAUUUUAGACAUGAAGUUUUAAUACAGUUACCUGUAGAGUAAAGACUGCCUGUCAUAAUCGGGAGACUUCUAUAAUGACAUCAAUGAAUCGAUAUUGUAUUAAUUAACUAUUUGCGGUAAUUGAAAAAACAACAACAACAACAAGUUUUUGAAUCUUCGUUUAUUAUUUGUUUAAAAAUGAAAAAGCUAUCGUGUCAAAUAUUCAGAAGCAUAUUUACGAGCAGGCACAGAUGUUUAUCGCAGUAUGUGUACGGACCGAGGGAGAUUCAGAAGUCGGAAAUGCUCAACGGCAUCCAGAUCGUGGCGGCGAGAUGCUCUGGGUCACUGAUGACUGCUUGCACUAUUAUGUUCCAGGCUGGUUCUCGAUACGAAACUAAUGACGACCUCGGCGCGACCCACUUCAUCCGCGCCAUGUCCUCAGGAUCCGGAGGUACAUCCACCGCCUUCGCAAAGCUCCGUUUGUUGCAACAACAAGGGGCUUACUUAACCUGCACCUCGGACAGACAGAGCCUUGCCUUUACCUUGAGAUGUCCUCUACCUCUAUUCUGCAAGCUUAAAGAUUAUUUGGUGGAUGCGGCGAUAAGGUGCCCAUACAGCGAUUGGGUGAUAGAUGACCGAAGAACGCUAGUCAGGGGAGAUUUAACAAGGAUGUCUCCAGAACAGCGUGUGUUAGACCUCGUCCAAAACGCAUGCUGGGCCGGUCCACUCGGCAACUCUAUGUUCUGUGAAGAAGGCAGGAUUAACUCCAUGUCUUCUGAUACCUUGAUGAACUUCGCCAAAUUACACUUGAAAACAAUUCACUGUGCGGUGGCCUCUGUGGGUAUACCGUUUGAGGAGACUGUUCAGCUGGCCGAAAUGAUCGAAUUUAAGGUGGAAAGGCCCGUAUCUGAACAGUGUCACACUCGGCCUUGCUUCCGCAGAGGCAUUGAGACUUACGAUAUGGGUCCCGGCAGCGAAACCUGGAUCGCGGCAGCUUUGACUGGCUGUGGUACCAAUAAUGUGCAUGAACUCUUCAAGCAUACAAUAGUAGCGUCGGCCUGCGGUGUCGGCAACAUGUUCCAGAGUCAACACGAACUGGAUAGAACUGCUCAAGGACCGGCCCGAGAAUUGUCAGCGGGGGAUAUGUUUGCUGAGUAUCGAGCGUUCAAUAUUUCGUAUGCAGAAACUGGUAUUUUCGGUAUAGUAGCAAAAUCAAGAGCGUGUUCAGCAAGCAACGUCGCCUACUUAGCAACGGAUUUCUUGGCAAACGUUUUCAAAUUGAAUGCACAUCAAAUAGAAGAUGGAAAAAAGAGGCUGCAGUUAAGUCUCGCUCUCCACGACGAGGACCCAGUGAAGGCUUCCCAAGGGCUGGCACUGCAGGCUCUCACUUGCGCGUCCAUAGACACUGUAGAGAACUCCAUAUCUCUGAUCGACUCCGUCUCCAACCAUGAUAUCGCCGGCACAGCCGCCACACUGGCGUCGAAAAGUAAUCAAAUGGCCAUUGCUAUAGUUGGUGAUGUGAAUGCUGUGCCGACGGAUAUAUUUUAUAAUAUGUGAAGAAAGACAAGAGUUGUAGCUUAUCAGCUCGAAGACAGUAAAAAUUAUAAUAUUUU